UUGAGGCACAGAGACCGAACUGCACCCUCCCUCACCCCCCUAAGAGAAAGGGGGCUCCCUCCAGUCCAGGGAAGGCUUGAUGCACAGAGACUGAACUUCACAUGUUUACAGAGGACUAGAUAUUGAUUCAGAAUCUCGGUACAGAAAACAGGAUAAUAUUUUAACCAAUCGCAUCUGUUUGAUCAGUUAUUGCAAUAAUGAAAUAAUGUAAGUUAUAACUCUCAUUAGAAAUUGCUUUAUUUAUCAUCGCCCGAGUUUGUGCAUGACUGGAAAAAAAAAAAAAAAAAAAAAAACGUGCAGACGCCGCGUUCUCGACGCAUUGAGGCAUUUAGAAAACUCCAACUCCCAGCACCCUUUGCCAGCAUGCCUUGGUGUUUUUUUUUUUUUUCCCCAGGACGUGGUCGGUGAUGGGAAUUGUAGUCUUUUUAAACACAGGCUCAAUACAGUUUCCUAUGGUGGACAACAGGCGCUCAGGACUACAACUCCCUUCAGGAAACAGCUCCCGCACCGAUCUGCGGGCACAAGCGGCGCUGAGAAGAGGUGUUCCAUUUUGUUUUACUCUUUAAAAAAAAAAAAUAAUAAUAAUAAUAAUUAAAAAUAAAUAAAUAAAUAAAUAAUAACUGCGUGCUGUUGUCUUUUUUUUCUUCUUAAAGUUGAAGCGCGGCCCGGUUCUGAGCAUUGCAGGAAUAGCAGAUUUUCUGAUCCUGCGCCUUUAAGAAUGAAGAAUUGAGGAUUGCGAGGGUCUUUCUUUUUUUUUUUUUUUUUUUUUUAAAUAAUAAUCAAUAAGCAAUUUGAAUAAAACACAAUGCAACAAUAAAUAUGCAUAGCUAACAUAUGCAUUAUUAUUAAAAAGCAUUGCAAAGCAGCGAGAUCGGAUCGCAUCCCCGAAGCGCCGUCUAUCAGAUCGCUUUGUUUUUUUCGGUGCAAUUUUAACGCAGUCCGGGGCGGGCGGUUAUGGAACCGGAGCCGAGCCGGGAUGAAGACGCCAGUAGCGGCGGAGUGAAGACCGAGCCGCCGCCGGUGGUUCCCAGCCCCGCCGCCCCGGGGAGAGUGCUCCGGGACCGGUCUGCGGGUCGCACUUUGACCGCAGCGGCGGCCUCGGAGGUCCGGAGCCCGGGGGAUCAAACGCACACGCAGCCCGAUACCGGGAGAGUGCUGCGGGAGCGGACGGGACGCUCCGCCGGGUGUGGAGGAGCCGGGGACGGUAAGAGCCGCGCCUCCCCGGCCAGUGGGCUCCAGCCAGCGGGGAGAGGGGACGGGCCCGCCGCUGCUGCCCGCCGGAGGAAAGCGGAGUGCCCCCGCCGCAGGAGGAACGCCGGGGCCCGGGGAGAAAGCGCGGAAGAUGCGGUGGAUGACAGCGGCCUAACAGUAGAUUCCCAAGACACACAGAAUUCUACAGAAAAAACUUGCGUUUCGUUUUUGACAGGAGACGCCACCGCCCCAAAAUCCCGCCCCACCAGGUCUCGAAGGAGUGGGCGUGUCUCCGCCCGCCGCCAACGGGCCUCUGCGGAGAACUCGAGGGCCACAAAGUCUCGCGGGGGACCGGGACCCCUGAUCUGCAAGGCAGAGCCAGAUACUGAACAGAAAGACUGUACCUCUGGGGCGCUCCAGUCUCUCCCUGCUGUGAGCGAGGAUGAAGAGGAUUUCGUGAUCAGUGAGGAAGACCCUCCAUUUCGAGAUGACCCCAAGGACCAGAACUACAAGCCCCACAUAGAGAGGGACCCUCCUAACCCUAAAUCGAAGCCCCGCCAUCGCUCUCAGAAAGGGAAGGAGGAUAAAGAGAAGAAGUCUGAAAUCAAGCUGGAGGCCGACGUGAAGGAAGAGAACGAGUUCGGAGAGGAGGUGGAACCGCCCAGGAAGAGAGGCAGGAGAAGGAAAGACGACAAGAGCCCUCGCCUCCCGAAACGCAGGAAGAAGCCGCCGAUCCAGUACGUGCGGUGUGAGAUGGAGGGGUGUGGCACCGUGCUGGCACACCCCCGUUACCUACAGCACCACAUCAAAUACCAGCAUUUGCUGAAGAAGAAGUACGUGUGCCCUCACCCAUCCUGCGGCCGGCUUUUCAGACUCCAAAAACAGCUCCUGAGACACGCCAAGCACCACACAGAUCAGCGAGACUAUAUUUGUGAAUACUGCGCCCGCGCCUUCAAGAGCUCUCACAACCUGGCCGUGCACAGAAUGAUUCACACAGGAGAGAAGCCACUACAGUGUGAGAUCUGUGGCUUCACGUGCAGGCAGAAGGCGUCUCUGAACUGGCACAUGAAGAAGCACGACGCAGACGCCUCCUACCAGUUCUCCUGCAGCAUCUGUGGCAAACGCUUCGAGAAGAAGGACAGCGUGGUGGCGCACAAAGCCAAGAGCCACCCGGAGAUCCUCAUCGCCGAAGCCCUGGCCGCCAACGCGGGGGCCCUCAUCACCAGCACGGGGGCCACCGAGGAGGAGGGCGCGGGGGUGGGGCCGGGCCCUGAGGGGCUCCUGCUGUCCUGCGACCCCCUGGUGAUCUGUGCGGAGGAGUUGGGGACCCCCAACGCCAGCCAGCUGGGGGUGGAGAGGCUGGUUAUGGAUCCCCAAGCUUUGAGGUCGGACGCCCGGAUUCUGGGCUCCAGCGCUGGGCUGAUUGUGGACGCAGAGGCCCUGGGGGCGGCUGGGGAGGUCCUGAUUGAGGAUUCGGGACAGCACCUCCUAACCCUGAGGCUGGGGGGGGUGGGUGGCGGGGGUGGGGACCUCUUCCUCAGCGACUCCCUUCCCCCCCGCCUCUCCCUCCCUUUAAAAAAAAAAUUCGGAUGA